GCCACCACCACCACCGCCACCAACUACUUUCAUUCCAUUGAAUCCAACACAGAUUCAUGGGGUGAAGACAGUUCUCAGUAUCAAUCUAAUUAUGGUUCUUCGGCAUCGGCGGCGGGUUCAGUUAAGAUCCGGUUGAUGUGCAGCAGCGGCGGACAUAUAGUCCCUCGUCCCCACGACAAAUCUCUCUGCUACGUCGGGGGAGAGACGCAUAUGGUGGUGGUGGAUCGUCAUACUACUCUAGUAGACCUCACUCAUCGCCUGUCAAAAACUAUUCUCCGAUCAUCGUCUUCAUCAACGGCGGGGGGGUUUACACUCAAAUAUCAGCUACCGACAGAAGAUCUUGAUUCGUUGAUCUCUGUGACCACCGAUGAAGACCUAGAAAACAUGAUCGAGGAAUACGAGAGGCUGAACUCAUCCUCCGCUGUGAGUAAAUCUUCUCGGCUUCGUUUAUUCAUUUUUCCGGCGAAACCGGAAUCCGUUUCUUCAAUCGGCUCGUUUCUGGAGAAUUCCACUAAAUCAGAAGAUUGGUUUCUUAACGCGCUCAAUGGUACCACUUCAGGGUUUUCCGAUACUUCGUCGGUGAAUAACUUGUUAGGUCUGGACGACGAGAUCUCUCUCCCUGAGAAAAAAGAGGUUAAUCAAAAGGGUCUCUUAACUACAAACCUCAUAGGCAAUAAUUCAGGCCAGGAUGUCCAUUCGAUACCCGAUUCGCCGAUGAUGGAAACAACCUCAUCGUUUGGGUCGGCAUCGUCGACUCCGUCACAACCUAACUUGCCGCCGGUUAGCGGAAACGUGGAUGAUCAUCCGAAGGUUGGAGGAGGAGGAGGAAUAGAGGAGAUGUUUUCCCAGAUGAGCGUACAGCAACGGCAUCAUAAGGAUCAAGAUGAUGGGGUUUUAGCGGCUGCGCCGGCUCCGGUGGCGGUUUCAGGUUCGCCGAUGAGUUCUGCGACGGCGAUUCCUGAACACUCUGAUCCGUUUUUAUCCUAUCAUGAGAGAUCGGAGCAGGGUUUACAGAUGGCUUAUCUAAAGCAUCAACAACAGCAGCAGCAGCAACAGCAAUUUCAGCAAAAGCAAUCCACGGGUUCAAUUUUGAGCGAUAUGCCAUAUCAAGAACCUGUUGUUCAAAUCCAAUCUUCUAGUAACAACAAUCGAGUUGUUGAUCCAAAUGAUACCCCUGAUCAAAGUCCUAGAAUUCAAAUGCAACAACAACAACAACAAAAUCAAAAUUCUGCUUAUUUAAUGUCGAUGCCAACAACAAAAGCUGAUGCACAACAUCCUCAACUACAUCACCAGCAACAACUGCAAUUCAUACAUAACCCUGUUCCACAGCCACAGUACUUCCACCACCACCCUCCUGCGGUGGUUCCAGUGGCUUCCUACUACCAGAUGUACCAGUCACCGGCAAUGGAUCAGCAGAAUUUCGUGUACUAUAUGCCCACUAGGCAGCAGCCCCCUCAAGGUUACAAUUUCCCAUUGCAGCAACAGCAUGCUGAUUCAUCGCCGCGCGCUCCCACUAAUCAAGCAGCACCUCCUCCUACCACCACCAGGACCCCUCAAGCUGCUCCAAAAACUGAAUUACCGGUGGGUGUUUACAGAGCAACGAAUUCAGGUGGCCAGCAGCUUAUUCAGGUUGCAUCUGGUCAUCAACACCAGCCACAGUAUGUUGGGUUUCGUCACCCAACUCAGUCUGUUGCUUCUCCUGCUGCUGGUGGUGGUGGUGGUGGUGGUGGAGGUAACUUUGGGUAUGAAUUCACUGAUUCUUUGCAACAAGGGCAGCUUAUGUAUUACGCAACACAGCCUAUGCCACCUCAAUCAGCUGCUCAAUAUCAAACAACUUCACCUAUUGAAGCCAGUUCCCAACAAAGCAGCAACAACAGGUGAAGCAAAACGGGUGUCGUUUAUCUCUAUAUUCUUCAGUUAUAUGGUAUCAGUUUUGUUAUUAGUAUUGGUUUGUGGUAUGUAUUUGUGAUGGGUAUUAGGGAUAACUGGAAAAAGUCAUCUUUUUCUUGCUGGACUUGUGUAUACUACAAUAUAUAUAGCUGUUUUUGCCAGUUGAAAACCAUUGAUCGUAUUUGGGAAUUACACAUAGAAAUCUGAAAACUCGUAUAGGAGUAGAUGAACAAGUGUACUUCAUCGUCAUUUGAAUGUUUGUGAAAUCUUUGGAUUUUGAUUGUUCAGCCUCUUGACUGGCUUUCUUGAUGA